AUACACUUGGUGAUUUUCAAAAGACCAUUAAAAUUGUAUGUAUUGAUUAUUCCGUUUACAUUAAAAAAAGAUUGACAAUAAGAUUUUACUUACAGUCUCGAUCAGUUGUUAAAUUAUAAAAAAAAGAUAAAUAUCAAGUUAUUCACUUUAAAUAAUCUGGAUUUAUAUAUAGAGUAGGAAGUUUUGAUUUAUAAAUUGUCCCGCUUACUAUAAAAAAAGAUCAUGGAUACCCAUGGACUUGGAAAAAAAGCUGAAACUAACCGUUCCACCGAAUAUGACAAUCGGGUUAAUAUCCAUGACAGUGGACAGGAACUCAUAGUCACAGAAGGGUACAUUCAACUUGAAUUAUUAUCACAAGAAUCUCCGUAUUCAUACGCAAAGGAAUCAGAUGUGAGUAACGGAACUGUUUCAAGUUAUGUCGAUGGUCGUGUAGGAGUUUUAAAUAGUCAUGAUAGCAAUAAAACAGUAGACCAAGAUGCCAAUACUGAUUAUAACCAUACCUCUACGGAAACUGUGGCCAGUAAUAAGCGUGCAGAAAACCAUACAUGUACGAAAACUGUGGAUCAGAAUGCGCGUGCAGAAAACCAUACAAGUACGGGAAAUGUGACCAGAAAUAAACGUGCAGAAAACUAUAACAGAACGGGAACAGUGGAUAGAAAUGCGCUUGCAGAAAAGCAUACCAGAUCGGGAACUGUGGACCGUAAUGCGCUUGCAGAAAAGCAUACCAGAUCGGGAACUGUGGACCGUAAUGCGCAUGCAGAAAACAAAACCAGAGCGGGAACUGUGGACCGUAAUGCGCAUGCAGAAAACAAAACCAGAACGGGACCUGUGGACCGUAAUGCGCAUGCAGAAAACAAAACCAGAGCGGGAACUGUUGACCGUAAUGCGCACACAGAAAGCCAUAUCAGAUUAAAAACAGUAGACCGUGAUGUACGAGAAAUAAAUAAAGUUAUACGUGAAAGAGAUGUGCGGACUGAAGAACGUACAGCCAGUUGCCUAGUUCCUAUAGUUUCUUAUCAUUUACAAAGUGGAAGUCAACAAGUGAGCUUAGGACAAGAUCCAGUCAAUCUUAGUGAUUCAACCAGAAGUUCAAGCACAACAUACGAUAAGAUUUUAGAUUCAAACGUAAUUACACAUGUACAAAAUUCACGAAAUAGUACUAGUACAAAGAAGAAUGAUAUAUGCUCGCCACAAAGAUGUAUUAUUGCAACGAUCUUUGUACUUAUAAUUCUGAUAGCUGCAGGCGUUAUUAUUUAUUUUGUGUUUGUCAAAGAUGAUCCACCUAACCCUUGUGAAAGGUUACCCGAAGUAAAACACGCAGUGUUUAAGAGUCAUGCAUCAGGUCAAGCAGAAGUGACCUGUGACCGAGGGUUUGUACUGAACGGCAGCAGUACUAUAACUUGCCAAAAUGAUGUCUGGAGCAAACUCCCAUCUUGCAAGCCGAUAGUAUGUGGACCGUAUCCGCAGAUAGAUAAUGGCGUCGUAAAUGGUUCUGGAAAAUCGUUCGGGUUUAAAGCAAAUAUCAUCUGCAAUCCCGGCUUUUACGUGGUUGAUAGCGUAACUACGGUAGCAUGUUUCGCAGAUGGAAACUGGACCCCUGCAUCUGAAUGUCGCGAACAUCCUUGUGGAAACUACACACUGUUAGACGACAUGGUGACCAAUGACGAGCUGAUGUAUACAACCACGACGUUAUGCUUGCAAUGUAAAGCUGGUUUAGAAUUUGUCCAAAAUAGCGAUAGAUGUGUAACGUGCCAGAAUGGAAGGUGGCAGGGGAGUCCAGAAUGUGAAAUACCAGGAACCAUUGACUUUGAUCCUGUCGAGCCAAUUUAUAAUGUUUCUGAUCCGGUCUCUCUUAGAUGUGUUGUACAUAAUUCAUCAGAGUGGCAAUCCACUACUUUCUAG